GGGGCAGUGCCGGCGGAGAGUCCUCUGCGAGCGGCUGCCGCGGCGCCUCCACAGCGUCUCUGACAGCCCUGGCGCCGCUACCCGCGACCCUCGCUACCUCGACCUAGCCGCCGCGGCCUCCACCUCGACUCGAGUACCGUUGCUCGUCUCGGCGCCCAUAUCCGGGGGCGGUCCGGCUCGCCGUUGCUGCGGAGGCCGCAUCUGGAGCGCAUCUGGAACCGUCCGGCCGGCCGCGCUGGAGCCCGCGCCCGCCUUGGCCCGGCCGCGCCGGGAUCCCUGCCCGGAGCUGGAGCCGCACCUGGAGCCGCGGGCCCGGGGCCCUGAGCCGCGCAGCCGGCGCAUGGUGAACUCGCUGCUGUUCGGGGAGAUGGCCUUGGCCUUCGGCUGCCCGCCGGGCGGCGGCGGCGGCAGCUGCCCUGGUGGGGGAGGCGGCGGAGGGGCCGGGCCAGGGCCAUCGCCAGUGACGGCGGCGCUGCGGGACGACCUGGGUUCCAAUAUCCACCUCCUGAAGGGGCUCAACGUGCGCUUCCGCUGCUUCCUGGCCAAGGUGCACGAGCUGGAACGGCGCAACCGGCUGCUGGAGAAGCAAUUGGAGCAGCAGCAGAGCGAGCGCGAGCGGCGGCUGCGCUACAAGACAUUCUCCCGGGAGCAGGCCGUGCAGACCGGGCCCGAGCUGCUGCGGCCACCCGCGCCGGGCGGCGGGUAUGGCAGCGGCGCGGCUGCCGGCGUCAAUGCCAACGCCGUGGCGCUGGGCGGCCUGCCCCCCGGCGGCGGCUCACAUCCGCAGCACUACGGCCGCCUGCCUGGUACCAUCUGGAGCUACACGCAGGUGCGGCGCACGGGCGGCGGCGGUGUGGAGACCGUGCAGGGCCCCGGUGUGUCGUGGGUGCACCCCGACGGUGUGGGCGUGCAGAUCGAUACCAUCACGCCGGAGAUCCGCGCGCUGUACAACGUGUUGGCCAAGGUGAAGCGCGAGCGCGAUGAGUACAAGCGAAGAUGGGAGGAGGAGCUUGCUAAGCGCAUGAAUCUCCAGACCAUGGUGGACACACUGCAGGAGGCAGCACAGGAGGCCGAAGCCAUCCAGGAGGAGAUGAACGAGAAGAUUGAGCGUCUCAAGGCCGAGCUGGUGGUGUUUAAGGGGCUCAUGAGUGACCCCAUGACAGACCUGGACACAAAGAUCCAAGAAAAGGCCAUGAAGGUGGACAUGGACAUCUGCCGCCGAAUCGAUAUCACGGCCAAGCUGUGCGAUGUCGCACAGCAGCGGAACUCGGAAGACGUGUCCAAGAUCUUCCAGGUGGUCCCCAAAAAGAAAGAGCGUAAGGUGGCUUCGGACGAUGACAUCUCUGAGCAGGACGGGGAGGUGAACCGGUUCUCGGACGACGAGGUCGGCUCCAUGAACAUCACGGACGAGAUGAAACGCAUGUUUAACCAGCUGCGAGAGACCUUUGACUUUGACGAUGACUGUGAUAGCCUCACGUGGGAAGAGAAUGAAGACACGCUGCUGCUCUGGGAAGACUUCACCAACUGCAAUCCGACCAUCGACCUGCAGGGCGAGCAAGAGGAAAACCUGGGCAACUUGAUCCACGAGACGGAGUCCUUCUUCAAGACGAGAGACAAGGAGUACCAGGAAACGAUAGGCCAGAUCGAGCUGGAGCUGGCCACGGCCAAGAGCGACAUGAACCGACACUUGCAUGAGUACAUGGAGAUGUGCAGCAUGAAGCGGGGCCUGGACGUGCAGAUGGAGACCUGCCGCCGGCUCAUCAAAGGCUCCGCAGACAGGAAUUCACCGUCUCCCAGCUCCGUGGCCAGCAGUGACUCAGGAAGUACAGACGAGAUCCAGGACGAGUUUGAGCGGGAGGCGGAUGUGGAGCCCAUGGUCAGCUGAUGACCGAGGCCCCCCCAGCCCGUGCCUGGUGGUCUUGGUGAUGGGCCCUCUGCCACCCUCUCCCCACGGGGCCGGGAAGGCUCCUCGGAGUGGGGUCCAGUCCUCACCACGCAGACUUCCUUUGCCCUCCCUUCUCUGGAGGCCCCGAGGGACCGCUGCUUCCUUCCUCCCUCCCUCCCUUCCGCCCACCAGUGCCCCUCUCCAUCCACCCACCCAAGGAAUGGUGCUGUCAAUUUCUAUUGUUCUCCACGUUACAAAUGCAGACUUCUGUCCGGACGAUGCGGUGUUAACUGUGCCUUUUCCCUUAAGCUGAGCCACUUUGAGCUCCAAAGAAUUAUUCCUAGCAGGUGUUUUUAUACAAAACUGUAAGGUGAGGGCGGGGGCCCCUGGCGUGUUCAAUGCCAUUUUCUACCCUCCCACCUGCUCCUCCGAUUGGCCAUAAAUGCUGCCCUCCCUCCUCUGCUGCAGUUGGGCUUGGGAUGGUCAACCUCCCCCCAGGAAAGAGCUAUUUGCCUUUUUGACCUUUCCAGGCCUGGGUGGGGACUUCCCAAGGGUUCGUUACUUUACCAAAAGAGAGAAAAGAAGGAGGGGGGGGAGACAAAUUUUUAUUUUGUGUUUUUGGAUCGAGUGGCAAAAGCAGAGGGACAAGGCACUGUGGGGGAAGGUGGAACCUCACUGUGUUUAAACUACUAUGCAAAAAACAAAACAAAAAAAGCAGCUUGCCUUAUACCGUUGUGGAAGGUAGGCCCUCUCCCAGGUCCCUGCUUCCCCUGGAGCUGGGAGGGAGGCCGAAGCUAGAGUGAUGUCUCUCGAAAACUCUGAGGGUGAGCACUGACUUGGGAGGGCUUUGGGUUGAGGUUGGUAGCGAGGCCUGGGUCCUGCGAGGCCCCCAGCCACCCGGCUGCUUGCUUUCCUGGGACUUCUGUGGGUUGUGGGGGAGGUGUCUUUUAUUGUCCUGAUGAUGAUUUUUUUUUUUUCUCAGCCAACAAUAAGAGGUUAUAGAUCUGUCAUUUCUCUGUGAGAAAGUCUGAAGGGGGCCAGGCCUGGUGUCCACCCGCCUCCAUCACGGAGCUGGGUAGGUACCGCCUGCCAUCUUGGUUCUCCCCCACUGGGCCCCAGUCGCCCACUGUUUGGCUCUUGGAAGGCACUGGAAGAGGAAAGGGAGAGAGGCAGCAGGGCUGCUGGCAGAGAGGAGGUGGGGGAGUCGGAGCUCUGCUCAUGGACAUAUGCUUACCUCUUUCCAUAAUUCUUUGAUUGACCAGCCCGUUGGGGAGUUAAUCUGAGCCAGUGUCUCCCCAGACUUGAGUGGGCCUGAGUCAAAGGCACUGUGUGGAGGCUGCCCCCAAAUCUCAACUUGGAGCCAGCAGAACAGACUUUGCUUUUUGUUUUUAAUUUCUGUUUUGAACCCACUCCUGUGGGUGUGAUUUUUGUUUUUUUUUUGCUCAGGCGCUCCCCCUGGAGGUGAAAGGAGCAAAAUGUGCCCAAGGAACAGAACCCCUGGCUCUUCGCAGCUUGUGUCUGCAGGCAGAGGAGGGGCUCCGGCCUUGAGUAGAUGAGGUCCCGUCUUUCCUCCCCAGGGUACCAGUGACCUGUAAGGGCGUCCUCUCUCUUCUGUUUCCCCCACCUGUUUUUCAGUCUUAAAACUAAUGUACAUUACGUUCGUAAUAUAUGCAUAUAUAUAUAUAUAUGGAGAGAGAGGAGAGUGUUAGUGAUUGUGUGUCAUUUUUAUUUAUCAGAACUUGGUGGCCUUUAUUGUGAAUUUUUCCUUUUUUUUUUUUUUUUUUGGUUGUUGUUGUUGUUGUUGGGGGAAACCUUCUACUGGUUCCCUGUGAAAGUCUGGCUGAAAGCCUUCCUUUCCUAGCAUCUCUUGUUAACCAAACAGUCCCUUGUUAGGUACAUGAAGGGACGAUGGUUUUUUUGGAGGAGAUUCUGCCCCUUCCCCUCCUCCUCAUUAACCCUUGUUCUAAAGGUUACAGGGUUCAAACAUACCUGGUUAUUAUUGUCAUGAUUGUUAUUGUUGGUUUUUUUUUUUUUUAAAUUUGUGUUUUAACCAAAGGUUACCAGAGCCAGUUGGGCUUGGACCUCAGCUGCUGAAAAGAUUUUCCGUUUCCAGGAGGGCGGGAAACUAACCGCCCCCUGGCCCUCCUCUGACCAGGAUGAGGGAGGCAUCCAAUGCCAGGGGCAGGCAGGCAGAGUGGAAGCCAGCCCUGGGUUGUUUCUCAAGGUGGUGGGAGGGUGACCUGUCUUUAGAGUUAAGACAAUAAGGCAACAAUGUAAGUAUUUGGGGGUAACGAAGGUUACCAUGGUGACUGGUGUCCAGUAGUAUUAUUUUUGCUUUUCCCCUUGGAUACAUAGGAUGUUUGUCUUUGGGGGCUUAGGGUACUCCGAAUUUGCCUAGGGUGUAUGGAAACGGCGGGAGCCAGAGACAGAUGCUGGCCAGAAAGAUCCAUCCUGAUGGUUUUCAAUAGCUGUUCUCCUGGGGGAGCAAGGACGUGGGGCAGACGGAGGGGUGGACAGCAAGAGUGUUGGUGACCUGCCUCCUGGGUAUGGUCCUGGGUCUUAACAUGUCUGCCUCCCUCUCCAUCCAAGUUCUUUUUUGAGUUAGUUGCCAGUGGGCCCUGCUUGUUCCCUCGCCAUGAGCCCACAGCUUGCCAAGAAAGACCCCAACGCUCGCUGGGGCAGCACCAGGUCCAGUUGGGACAAACUGGUCCGUCCUUUGUAAAGCUGUAAAUACUUAAUUUCGGUUUUCUAUUUCUCAGCCCAGUGUCAUAUUGACAUUGGUAUUUUAGAAUUGUUCUCAGAUGGGCUCUCCUGUGCUGCCCUCUCUCACUCUCCUAUUUUGGGGGGUUUUAUAAAAAAGAGAGGAUUGGGGAGGGGCAGGGAGUGUAGCUUCUUUUUGGCUCCCUGGCUGUGGAACACACACACACACACACACUACUCUGAGACUCUUAACAGGGAAAAACAUGAUUCGCAAGUAAACACAUUGUGUUUUCUUGCGGUGACAUGUCCAGAGGUCUCUGACAGGCCCAUCUGUCUUGGCCUUGGCUCUGUCGGUGUAGCUCAGAUGAAACCACUUUGGCUUGGGAUGGGGGAGGGGGUGUGGGGCAGGGGGUAAUAUAAAGUGUAACUUAAGCUAAAUGUAAUCUAUUUAUAAAGCAAGAGACACUCAUCUAUUUUUAUGAAAGGAAAGGUUUUUUUUAAAUCUAGGGUAGGCAGUUGUGGUAGCCCAGCAUUUUUCUGUGGACAAGGUGCAUGUUGCUGCUGGAUUUAAUAUCAUCAGUUCCCCUCACCCUGUUUCCCCAUCCUCACUGCCUCCUCACCCACACCCAGGAUCGGCUUCAGCAGAGUGGAGUUCCCCCCCUCACCCCGUUUCCCUGUCCCUUGAUCCCCCAGCUCCUUGGUCCUUGGAGGCCUAGGGGAUGGGCACUUGUGGGAGUGGGUGGGCAAUGGGGCAUUCAGAAUGGAGACGGGUGGUGGGAGGGGAAAGGGGUGCUGGGUAGGGGACACGCUCUGCUUCAGCUCUGGCCUGCCCAGACGCAUUUCCCAGUCAGCUGCGUUUGGGAGAGGGUUGAGAAGCAGCAGAGUGUGGGUGACGGUGGCUGUUGGUUCAGGGAGCGCACGGCUUCCUUGGGGCCUGGGCUCCUGUGGGUCCCCGGUGGUCAGGCAGCUGGAGCAGGAGUGGAAAUGCCAUGAGAUGCCCAUGACCCAGCCCUGGCUGUGCUUCCCCCAGGCCAAUGCCUGGGAUAUCAUCCUUGAUAAUGCUCCUCCAGAGCCCUGGAUGAGGAACUAAGGUGUUGGGGGCUUCCUUAUACCCCGUCCCACCUUGGGACACUGAGCUGUGGUUCUAGAAGGGCCUUCAACUAGAGUGGUUAGUCUGGAGGCGGCCAGGGAGGGGUAAAGGCAGAGUCGCUCUGGAAGGGAAUUUUCCACGCGUGGAAGAUUUCGGGCUCAGGGUGAGCUGUGUGUUAGUUUUGGGCAAAUCCCUCACUGUUCCCUGCACCAAGCUGUCAAAGAAAUGAAGCAAAGGCACGCUCACCCAGACCCCUUCGUGGACAUUUUAGCAUCUACCUGAUUUUUAGUCCCAUCUGGGGAGACUUUCUAUCCCCCUGUCCCAUCCCACCCCACUGUGGCUGUUUGUCUGCCAGCUGGGUCUAGCGUCGAGGGGAAGGGGGGUGUUUAUACUCAUUGAAAGACUACUGAUCCUACCGGAAACCAACCUGUUUACUGUACUGUUGUAAAUAUCAUGCCCUUUAUAUCCUGUAUAUUGGCUUCUUUUAAAUAAAGUGAAAUGUCUUGGAA